AUGGUGGAUAUCGAUCAAGCCACAGGAGCUACCGUUGAGACCGCCGGAGUUGCUCGAGACCUCGACUCGAAUGACGUCAUUAUCGACCCCGGUGGUAUCAUCCUCACUGACAAUGAGCCGCCUAAUCCUGUACAGGUCACCAUACACGAAGCGAUGCAGCAACAGGCCAUAUCCAUUUGCAAGGCAGGCAUCCAGGCUAUGAUGAAUGCUCAAGCGUUUCUCCUGCCCGCUGAAAUCCUAGCGUGCCUGGGUACUCAUCGUGAAGUACUACAUCGAGUUGCGAGAAGCUGGAAAGGUCAAGGAAGGCCAACCCACGUAGAGUUGGCAUAUCAACUGGCCAGAGACAGCAUCAGGAGGAUCGAUCAGGCUGAUGUAAGCACGCAAGAGACGCUCUUGAAAAGAGCAAGCGACCAACGGUAUUGGCGUGAGGGUAUUGGUCAACGGGAACUCAAGGCGAUGAUGAAUGCAAUGUCGAGAUUCUACCAACACCCUACUCAUGAGACCAUCAACUAG